AUGAUAGGUGUUGGUUUUGAAAGGAUGGGCAAGUUGUAUUUAAGGAGGAUUGAAGAUGAUAAGCUUUGGGUAGAAGUGAAGAGUGAUGAAGAUGAAGGUUGUUGCCCUUAUAAUUGGAAAGGAGAUGUAGGGAUGGGCUUGAAGAAGUUGAGAAAGGAGGGGGUGGACUUAGGAGUGUACGGGUUAGCUUGGGAGUGCUACGACCUAUAUACGGAAAGUGAGAAGCAAAAUUUAGGUGCUGAAUAG